GGCCACAUCCCGCUGGGUGAGGUGGCGGCGGGGGCGGCGGGAGCGGAGUCUAGCGGAGCGGGUUCUUCGGCGGGUCUCAGGUGCGAGCCUGCGUGCGCUCGGGUGCUUGGGGUCCUGGCCGGGUUGGGCGCGCGGUGGGCUUCGGGCGUGGGAAGCGCGGACAGCUGGUGGGUGUGGCGGCUCGGGCGCCGCUGGCAGCUGGCCCCCACCAGACCCCCACCGGGACCCCACCGGAGCUCCUGGUGCUGCCGCUGUGCAGUCCCGAGGCUGUGUGCACCGCAGAGGGAGGAGGACACCAGACACCAGAGAGGGAAGGUGGCCCAGCCCAGCCCACGCAGACCUCCCGGGUAGGGGGUACUUGUUCCCCUCGGCCCACCGAUCUUGGCUCAUGGGACGUUUGAACGGAAGAAAAUGAAACCCAAGGAAAGGGUUCAUGGUUUAGCAAGAGGAGGGCCACGUUUCAGAAUUCAGCUGUGAGGAUACAGGGAAGGAAGCGGGCCAGGCCUGGGAGAAGAAAAGACUCUGGGGAGAUGGCAUGUAAUCUGGUUCCCAGAAAGCCUGGUGGGAGAGUGGACUGGAUAGUGGUGCAGACCAUGCAGGAGUGGACAAGCCAAUGACUACAAAACAUGAUUGUCAAUCCAGCUUCCUGUAGCCUAAGAGAUGAGGAGUCAAUUAUUUGUUGCCUGGUCAUAAACUACUAAUUCAGACUUCACAAAAUUUAUUUCAGAAAGAAGAAACAAUGUAACUCAGUCACUGGGAGGACCGAGGUCAAGGUGAAGAGGGAGGUGGGAAGAGCAUGGCCUGGCCACGAUUUUUGCAGAGAGGAGCUCUCCUCACCAGCUUCAGCCAUCACCACCUUGCUGUGUUCCUGCUCACGUUCUUCAGCUAUUCAUUGCUCCAUGCGUCAAGAAAAACAUUUAGCAAUGUGAAAGUCAGUAUCUCUAAGCAGUGGACCCCAAAUGCUUUUAACACAUCACUUGACCUGCCUGCAGAGAUCUGGAGCAGCAACCAUCUAUUUCCCAGCACAGAGGAAGCCACUCUUUUUCUUGGAACACUAGAUACUGUUUUUCUGUUCUCCUAUGCUGUGGGCCUCUUCAUCAGCGGCAUCAUAGGCGAUCGGCUGAAUUUGCGAUGGGUUCUGUCUUUUGGCAUGUGCUCUUCUGCAUUCGUGGUGUUUGUCUUUGGUACUCUUACGGAAUGGCUGCACUUCUACAACAAGUGGUUCUACUGCGGUCUGUGGAUUGUGAACGGCCUGCUGCAGUCCACUGGUUGGCCCUGUGUGGUUGCUGUGAUGGGCAACUGGUUUGGGAAAGCUGGCCGAGGAGUUGUCUUUGGUCUCUGGAGUGCCUGUGCUUCGGUGGGCAAUAUUUUGGGAGCAUUCCUGGCCUCAUCGGUUCUCCAGUAUGGUUAUGAGUACGCCUUUCUGGUGACCGCAUCUGUGCAGUUUGCUGGUGGGAUCAUCAUCUUCUUUGGACUUCUAGUGUCACCAGAAGAAAUUGGUCUCCCGAGUAUCGGGGCAGAGGAGAGCUCGGAAGAAGAUUCACAGAGGCCACUCAUCGAUGGUGCUGAAAAUGAAGAUGACUAUGAGCCUAACUAUUCGAUCCAGGAGGACAGGGCUGUCGUCCAAGUGAAGGCCAUAAGCUUUCAUCAGGCUUGCUGCCUUCCUGGGGUCAUCCCGUACUCACUGGCCUACGCCUGCCUGAAGCUAGUGAACUACUCCUUCUUCUUCUGGCUGCCCUUUUAUCUGAGUAACAACUUCGGGUGGAAGGAAGCCGAAGCUGACAAGCUGUCCAUUUGGUACGACGUCGGAGGUAUCAUAGGUGGGACUCUGCUAGGCUUCAUCUCUGACGUACUGCAGAAGAGAGCACCUGUGCUGGCCCUCAGCCUCUUCCUGGCCGUCGGGUCCCUUGUUGGGUAUAGCCGCUCUCCAAACAAUAAGUCCAUCAAUGCGCUUCUGAUGACCAUUACAGGGUUUUUUAUCGGCGGACCAUCCAAUAUGGUUAGCUCUGCUAUUUCUGCAGACUUGGGUCGCCAAGAGCUGAUCCAAGGGAACAGCGAGGCUCUGGCGACUGUCACGGGGAUCGUCGAUGGAACAGGGAGUAUUGGUGCUGCUGUGGGCCAGUAUCUGGUGUCUUUGAUCCAGGACAACUUAGGAUGGAUGUGGGUUUUCUACUUUUUUAUUCUCAUGAAGUCAUUUUCUAAUUCACCGAAGACAGAAAGUUUUAUUUCUGUGAAGUCAAAAUGUCUUCGCUCAAAUCCAUUUGCUAAUGCUCAAAUCAUGACGCUCUAAGAGAAGUAAGUUGUUCAUUUUAAAAACUUUUUUCUCUUCACAGACAAGUUGUACAAUUCUGUUUAUCUUGCCGUUAAUAGUGAGGGAAGUAUUUUCUCUUGUGCAAAGGAGACAAGCUCACUCACUUAAUGAAUGACGGGGUCCCACAGGAGAGGACGGACUGGGAAGCUUAGGAGGGCCCAUAGGCCUUCAGUUCACUCGUGUGGAGUUCUCUAAACACUAAUGGAGCCUUGGCUUGUCAGGCAUCCUACAACACUGCCAGCUACCCCAGACACAGGCAAGGAAGGGGCGAAUUAUUUUUUUACACUACAGCAGUUCCUGGAGAAUUUUAUAACAUUUGUGAAUGUACUGAAAGGAAAAUGAACCUGCCAGCAUCUUUGUUGGGCUUGUCAGCUUAUCCCUCUAACGCUAGAUACCGGUUUUGGUCCUGGACCCUUGUUCUUCAGCCUUAAUCAAGAGCUAAGUGAUCAGGAGGCAGAAUCAUGUUGUAUUGAUGAGAAGACUAUGGUACGGAGCUCUGAUACCACAUUUGCAGAGAGUGGAUCACCAUUAAGGCAUCAGAGCAGAGCUGAGUCCAGAUGAUGCUACAGGCCUGCGGUGGACGAAACACACCUUUACCAAGGUGGAAAGAUCACACUGUGCGAUGGCUGGGUCACUCUGUGGCUUCUGGAAGUUCUCGUCCUCUCUAGAAUGGCUGUUGGCUUGUUCUCCUCCGACUUCAUUCACAUUUGACUGACUCCUAGGAGCAGUCUUCUGUUUGUGGACUAUUAUAUUUCAGACAUUCCAGUAUGGAGCUUUCAAACCCACGUUCACAGUCUGGGAACGACAAGACCCUCUGAGAAGCUGUUCUAUGUAGCCUUAUUGUUGGAAGAUUGGUCUCUGUCACAGCCGCAGCCAGGUUCCUGAAGUUCCCUCAGCAGAAGAUGGAAAGACAAAGGCUCUUUGUUCUGGGGGUAUGAAGUGUAUGUAUUGAAUCAUGUUAGUGGAUUGUUAGGGCCUGAGGCCUGCCCUUUAGAAGAUUGUAGUGUGUAUGUCUUCAAGACUAUGAAUUCUAUAAGAAUCAAUACUUUAAGGUCAUUCUGUACAUACAUUUUAAAUUAUGUAAACUAGGAGGAAAAUGUACAAUUUUGAGGGAUACCUAAUUCACGUUGGGUUAGGAAAUAUUCUUCCACCUCUUGCUUUAUGCUCCAAGGUAUGUAUUGAUGAACUUGCAGGAAUACUACAGAUUUCUGACCAUUUUCCUGUUCAGUCACUGACAUAAAGGGAAAACACAAAACAUAGGAAGGUAGGGGAAACAAACCCCCGCUUUUGUAAUAAACGUCCAGCGGUUGUUUGGUUACUUAGUCCCUGCUUAAGCUUGACAUUGCCUCUCACUUUCCCUUUCUGUGUGGUGCUGGGGUGGACUCUGGGUCCUGCACAUGCCCAGUGUGUCUCCCAAUGCCCUGCACUCCCAGCCCAGCCCCACAGUUAAGUACAGCGGUGCCUUGAGUUCCCCAGCACUUGUCACUGGAAGCAGACAGCCCACAGCCUUGCCAGGUGGAGCUGCUCCCCUGCCCUAGGUCCUGGGGGGCCUCAUUCCCAUUAGAGGGAGCACCCCCUCUCUCCCUCUGAGGCAGACUGCUCAGUGGUGCCUGCAGAUGAAGCCUCUGUCGCAUGUGGCUCAGAGGUUCGUCCUCCUCAGUGGGUUCAUCUUCAUGUUCUCAUAUCAGCCCGUGCCGCCUUUUCCAGGUUAGUCUUGAGCACCUACCCCCUUCUCCGUGGCUCUCCAGGCUCUGCCUGAAAUGGAGCUGUAAACACUCAGAACAGGAUGAAACGAUGUUUUUCUCUCUGAAUCUGAGUACGUUCUCCAUCUACUUCUGCCCACCUGGGAAGGAAGUGGCUUUAACAAACGCCUAGGCAUUUGCCUCAUUUUCUUAUUAAAUGUUUGCCUGGAAGGAAGGGUCAGAGCUGGCGAGCUGGCUGGGUGGGUGAAGUGCUUGCUUUGAAAGCAUGAAUACCUGAGUUUGGACUCUCAGUCCCCGUGUACACAUCUGGGUGCAGCGGCACACAGUUCCAGUGCUCAGGAGACAUUGGAAACAGGUCUGGCUGAGCUAGAGUGCUGAGGUUCAGGAAGAGAGCCUGUCUCAGAAGACAGUGACGGGCUGGAGAGGUGGCUCUGUGGCUUUAGAGUACUAGCUGCUCUCCCAGAGGACCCAGAUUCAGUUCCCAGAACCCACAUGACAGUCACAACCAUCUGCAUACCUCCAGAGUCAAGAGAUACAGCACCCACUUCUGACCUUCACAGGUACUACAUGCACACGGUACACUUAGGCAAAACACAAACACACAUGGAUACUACUUAAAAGGGGGAGGGGGUGUGAUAGAGGAAGAUAGCCAGUGUUGACCCCUGGUCUUCAUGUGAUCAUGUACCCACACACCUAUGCACACGUGCUAACAUAUAUCAAAAAUAGCAGAAAAGGCCACAGUAAAGGCUGGUUUGAAAAUGGAUUAAAAAUUAAUUUGGGGGAAAAUCGUAGGAGGCUUUCACACACUGAAAUAAAGAAUGACUGGAUGGGAAA